CAAACAUGACUGCCACUUGGAGCAAAAACAAGCACACAGCUCGCAUUGUGAUCAUUGGAGCUGGUGCAUCGGGCAUUGCGGCUGCCACGCGCCUGCUGGAGCAGGGCUUUCGGCAUGUGCAGCUGCUCGAGGCGGAGGACCGCAUUGGGGGACGCAUACACACGAUUCCCUUUGCGGAUAAUGUCAUCGAUCUGGGUGCACAGUGGUGUCAUGGGGAGCAGGGCAAUGUGGUGUACCAGCGGGUAAAGGAUUUGGAUCUGCUGGAAAGGUCCGGCGAUUCUGCCAUGCACUUUGUUCGCUCAAACAAGGACACGCUUGGAGAGGAUCAAGCCAAGGCGCUGCAGAACUUCAUGGACACCUCCACCACAAUUACUGAUGCUGACUACGAGGGGUCCGUGGGUGAUUACCUCACCCAGAAGUACUGGCAGAACUUCCCCAACAUGGAUCGCACCGUGGCCAAGGAGGCCCUGGACUGCAUCAAGAAAAUAUUCUGCAGCUCUGAAGCCUGCGAUCAUCUCUUCGAGCUGUCGCCGCAAAACUUUUUGACCUUUGACGAGUGCGAGGGCGAUCACAAUCUGAACUGGCGGGACAAGGGCUUCAGGCAGUUCCUCCGAGUGCUGAUGAAUGUCCAGCAGGAUCAGCAUGAGGAUUUGGGCACACUCAAGGGUCACGUGCUGCUCAACAAACGCAUUGCGGAGAUCAACUGGCAGGGCACCGAAGAGCUCCAGAUUCGCUGUUGGAAUGGUGAGAUUAUCACAGCGGAUCACAUCAUCUGCACCGUCUCCCUGGGAGUGCUGAAGGAGCAGCACAAACAGCUCUUUGUACCCGCCCUACCAGCGGCAAAGGUUCGCGCCAUCGAAGGACUUCGAUUGGGCACAGUGGACAAGUUCCUGCUGGAGUUUGCCGAGCAGCCAAUGCCGGAGAAAAUGCUGAACUUCAGCUGCCUCUGGCUGGAGGCCGAUCUGCAGGAGCUGCGUGGCACCGAACACUUUUGGCUGGAGGGAAUAUGCGGCUUUCAUCGAGUUGCUCAUCAACCGAGGCUGAUAGAGGGCUGGAUCAUUGGAUCGAGUGCACGCCACAUGGAGACUCUCACGGAGGAGAAAGUGAUCGAGGGCUUGCUCUGGCUCUUCCGUAAGUUCUUGCCCUUCGAUGUGGCCCAUCCGAAGCGCUUUCUGCGCACCCAGUGGCACUCCAAUCCCAACUUCCGUGGCAGUUAUAGUUAUCAACCCACGUACGCGGAUGAGCUGCGCACGGGUCGCUGGGACCUGCAGUUCCCACUGGCGACUGUCUCCGGCCGCCCUCGACUGCAAUUCGCGGGUGAGGCGACCAGCAGGAAGCACUUCAGCACGGUGCAUGGUGCCACAGAGACGGGCUGGCGUGAGGCGGAUCGCCUGAAUGAAUUUUACAAAGUUAGAGCUUGAACAUGGCUGGGGAAAUGUCUUUGAAUAUGAACUGAAACUUUGCUAAUCGAA